CUGCUGCGGGGAGGCGGGGCUGCGGAGCUGUCCGAGGGGUGGGCGAGAGGCGGUCAUGGCGCCCUCCGGGCGUCUCGUGAUUCCUCUGACAGUGUUGGUGCUGUUGCUUUGGGGGCUUCCGUGGAUCCACGGGCGGCGGAGUGACGUGCGUGUCAUCACGGACGAGAACUGGAGGGAGUUGCUGGAAGGAGAAUGGAUGAUAGAAUUUUAUGCACCGUGGUGUCCUGCUUGUCAAAAUCUUCAACCAGAAUGGGAAAGUUUUGCUGAAUGGGGAGAAGAUCUUGAGGUUAAUGUUGCAAAAGUAGAUGUCACAGAGCAGACAGGACUGAGUGGACGGUUUAUCAUAACUGCUCUUCCUACUAUUUAUCAUUGUAAAGAUGGUGAAUUUAGGCGCUAUCAGGGUCCAAGGACUAAGAAGGACUUCAUCAACUUUAUAAGCGAAAAAGAGUGGAAGAAUAUUGAACCUGUUUCAUCAUGGUUUGGUCCAGGUUCUGUUCUGAUGAGUAGUAUGUCAGCACUCUUUCGGCUGUCUAUGUACAUCAGGACUUGCCACAACUAUUUUAUUGAAGACCUUGGGUUACCAGUUUGGGGAUCUUACACACUUUUUGCUUUAGCAACUCUGCUUUCAGGACUGUUAUUAGGACUUUGUAUGAUAUUUGUGGCAGAUUGCCUUUGUCCUUCAAAACGGCACAAACCACAGCCAUACCCUUUAAAAAAGUCAUUACCAGAAUUUUCUCAACCUUUGAAAAAAGUGGAGGAGGAACAAGAGGCUGAUGAAGAAGAUGUUUCAGAAGAGGAAGCUGAAAGUAAAGAAGGAACAAACAAAGACUUUUCACAGAAUGCUAUAAGACAACGCUCUGUGGGUCCAUCAUUGUCCACUGAUAAAUCCUAGUUAAUUUUUGUGGAUAUCUUAAUAUCAUGAUUUUAAAAAAACUGAGGUUUGAUCAUUUGUUUUUAUGUGAACUGUGACUUGCUUAUGUAUUACAGGGUUCAAUCCAGAUUGUUGGAUUGAACAGUUUUCAUUAAGAAAAUAAAAGCAGGUAUAAAAGUUUAUAAUAUGAUUUAAGAACAUUAUGGUUGUUUAAUUAAUGUUUAAUUUAAAAAAAUCUGGUGCCAAGCAAUAAGAUUUGUACAUGUUUGUUUAAUAACAACCUGUUUCAGUCUGAAUUGAAAAAAUUACAUUUUCCAAAGUUUGCAUUAUUGGGGUAUUUAAGAUUAGAGAAAAAGAUUUCUCAUUUGGUAUGAUUUUUCUCAGUUUCACUGUGUGAAAAAAAAAAGAACAUAUUUUCCAUAAGUGGGAACUUUUUGCCCAUUGUCUUGAGAAACACAUAUUUCAGUGAUAAUUCUGUGGUCUUUUAGAGACAUAGUUCAAAAUUUCCUCAUAUUUUAAAAAUUAUGCAACUAAUAAAAAACUACCUUGCUUUAAUUAUACUUUUCUGCAGAUUAUAUACAGAAUAUGCUACUGAUUGAGGGAGUUUUUAUAAGUGUAGGUAUUCUCUUGAUUCCUAAUAAGGUCAAUUGCUUUUUUGGUUGUUAUUCCUUUGGUCACUGUAUGGUUUGUAUUUUUUAAUUUCCCAUCUCAAAUUGGAUAAUAUGAACAGUAUCACUGUUACAUUUACUGUUGGUAAAUAGUACUUUUUUGUUUCAAAUUGAAGUUUACUAAGAGAAAUCCGUCAAACUGAACUAUAUUGAUAAUUUAAAAUUUUAGUCAUUUAGUCCAGAUUUUACAUUAUUAUUGUUGAGACUUGUCUUGAAUAUUUUGAUUUUGUUCUUUUUCUUUUUUCUUUUUGUUAUUAAUGUAAAGGUGGACAUUCCUGAUUUUCAUUUGAGAUAGAAAAACUUUGGUAUUUUAUACUUGGGAAGUGCAAAGCUUAAUUUGAUAUAAAAUAAAGUUUGCUUUCUACUCAGGAAAAAACAUCUUCUCCUGUAUAUUUUCAGAGUAUCUUUGUCCUAUGUUCAGAAAAUUAAUUGAUUUUGUAGUUAGUUUCUGCUUGGUGUUUUAAAAUUUUAACAUUUUUAUGCUUUUUAAAAGAUAAACUUCAUAUUCUAUUGUUCUUGACUGCUAUUCUGUGGUAUUUCUCAGGUGGAAGUCAGCAAGAGGAAUACAUAGUUUUCACCUUACAUCAAGUAGAGGGUUUAUUGGAGGGUUGUAUAACAAGAAUAGGAACACCCAUAAAUACUCAGAAUGAAUAAUUCAGCCAUUUUGUAAUAGAUUAUUUCUGUAAAAUCGUCAAUUUUAAGGUUCUCUUUCUGUGUGAAUUCAUUACACUUGCAGUAUCUUUAGUGUUCAAGUUUUAUUUAAAGGCUUCUCUUCAAAUAUUAAAUAUGCUGCCAUUGAAUGGUCUGGAUAUGUAAUUUGUGAUGCCUUAGAAAAAAUUUCUAAGCACAAAAUAAAUUUUUCUAAGCACUUCAUUAAACCUGAAGACCAGUAUGAUUUCUAGUUGCACAUUUCAAAGUAUGCUUAAUUUCUUUGUAUUUAACAAUGUUUAAGAUGAAUUGCUGUGCGUUGCUGUAUAUGUACUUUAUAUGUGCAAUCAAAGGCUGGGUUCUUUUUCUGUUAUUUGACAUGAUUGAAGAAAAUGAUGCUUCUUAAUCAUUCUUUUUUUAGCAUUCUUGUAUCUGACAUUGUCAGAUUUUUAACUAGAAAAUGUGAUGACAGAAAACUAAAUGUAGGCAAACAGGUAGGGUCUUGAUAUUUCCAUAAACAUAUGAUCUCAGUUGUUGAAGAUUGUCACUGUAGAAAUCUGAAUGCUUUUCUGUUGAUACUACAGGCUUCCAAAACCUAUAUGAAGUCAUUGACAAGUGGUUCAGGAGUGAGUAAUGUGCAGUGCCAAUGAUAUCCUGGCUCACUCACUCCAUAAUCAUUCAGCUUUACCACUGAAGUAUCAUAUAAUCUGGUCUCUAGAGAAAAUGCAGUAUUCUUCCACAUAUUGCCUAGUGUUUAUUGGUAAAACUAAAAAAAGAGUCUUAAUGAAGAUUCCCGAGUGUAUAUCAAUAUUAUAAUUUGGAUAAGAUGUGUUACCCUGACAGUCAUGGUUAGAUUCUGAAAGAUGUAACUUAAAUGGUGAAUUAAUUCAUUUGAUGGAUUAAUGAUUUGAAAGGACUACUGUGCUGGGUAGUAACUAUGGGCAGGUGCGGUGUGGCUAGAGGAACUGAGUCACUGGGGGCAAGUCUUUGAGGAUUGUGUUGUCCCCUGGCUCUUCCCUUGCUUUCUGCUUCUACGCCGCCAUGUCCUGAGAUGCUUUCUUCUGUCAUGGCAUUUCACCUGACUUUAUGCCUAGAGCAAUGGAUUUGGCCUAUGAUGGACUGAAAUCUCUGACCUGAAAAUAAACUUUUUCUCCUCUA